AUGGACUCUGACCAGACACAAUCUCUCGGCGGAUCAGGUCGACGUCAAGCCCUGCUUGACAUCAUUGACAGCCUGAGAGACUACAAUCUAGAUCGAUAUGUCGAACUCCCACAAAUCAUUGUCGUUGGAGAUCAAUCAUCCGGCAAGAGUUCUGUUUUAGAAUCCAUCUCAAGGGCCAAAUUCCCAUCCAAGAGCGACUUGUGUACACGAUUUGCGACGGAGCUGGUCCUUCGUCGCAAAAUCGGUGAACAAUCCUGCCGGGUGAGAAUCAAGACACUUCCCGAGGACUCUGAAGAAACGCGACUGAAAAUAAAUGACUUUAACCAAGUCAACUUCGAGGCGCCUGAACUGCCAGAAAUCAUUCAGAAAGCCACUCAGUGCAUGGGUGUUCAGGAUGGCAAGCACAGCUUCUCCAGGCACACUCUCCACAUUCAGAUUUCAGGACCCAACGUCCAUCAGUUGACUCUGAUUGAUCUACCUGGAUUUUACCACUCCAGGGACACGGUACAAUCGGCUGCUGGCAAGGACCUCGUCAACAAGAUUGUCGGCGAGUACAUGUCCAAGAAGAACACCAUCAUACUGGCGGUGGUCUCUGCGAAAAGCCACCCUGUUAUGCAAAAGGUGCUAGAAGAAAUCAAGGUACAUGAUCCUGAGGGACAGAGAUGCCUUGGUAUUAUCACCAAACCCGAUAAGCUGGACCCGGGGAGUGGUGACGAGGCCGCGUUUCUUCAGUUACUGAAGAAUCAGAAGACGUCGUCUCACUACCUCAAGCAUGGCUGGCAUGUCCUCCGCAAUAGGGGAGAAGCAGAACCAGAUGACUUUGACUCUCGGGAUCAGCUUGAGCGGGAGCUGUUUCAGACAGAGCCGUGGGAUAGAAUUGACGACAAGCGCAAGGGCAUCGAGUCUCUGCGGACAAAGCUUAGUGAUAUUUUGGAGAAGCACAUCUCACAGGGUUUCCCUGAGCUGAGGCAGAAGAUCCAGACAUUGAAGACGGAUGCUGAGCGCAGGUCCCGAGACCUCGGGGGAGAGCGUGUAACAGACAUCCAACGCAUGAGUUUCCUCGAGAAGAUUGCACGCAACUACACCCAACUUGCGGACCAGGCUGUGGAGGGCCGAUACGCAGACGAGUUCUUCAGCCAAAAGACCGAUGGAGUCGCUGCAAAGUACAAUCUUCGAGCUCAAGUACGAUACUUUAACCAGGUAUUCGCGGGAGUCAUGUUCUUCAGAGGGGCAACACUGUCAAUCCAAUGGCACGCUCACAAUGACGAGGAGGCGUGGAAGCGAGCACCUCAGCCGUCUUCAGUGCCUCCGUCUGAUGUCACAGAGUACAGGGCUCUAGAACCUGUCUUAAUCUCCCAGGAGGAGAUUCAACUGCAGAUCCGGGCACAGCUGGAGGACAAUCGAGACAUUUCUCUUCCAGGCGGCACAAGCAACAAGGCAGCCAUGGAUUUGUUCAAGAACUUGACUUCAAAGUGGGAGGACAUUGGCCGUCGACACAUAAAGAUUGUGCUGGAAAGAGCAGAGUCGUUUGUCUACGCCGCUUUCUCGCAUCUCCUCCGCGAUGACGACGAGACCAGGAACAGGCUUGAGCGUUAUUGCAUACAGCGAUUCUUUCAAGACAGACAGGAGCAGCUGUUGCAAAAGCUGGAGGAGAUUCUUCCCAAGCACGGUAAGAAUGUGUUCCCACUCGCCAUGGAGGAUAUCUUCCAGCAAAACUUGGUGAACCGAGAACUACACAGAGCGCAGAGGCUGUGGAAUUCUGUGCAAGAAAAGCCUGAGUUUCUGCAGGCCUUGAGCGCCGAUAAUAUCAGUCCGGGGAAUACUGCGCUGGUCAAAAGCCUUUUCGACGUAGAGACGUGUUCUGUUGACAAAUGGCAGUUGGAGCGUAUUCUGUACUCGACUGUGGAACUCUAUGAUAUGGUUUUGCGGAAUUUCAUUUCCAACGUAAUCCUGCUGGCUGUUGAGAAUCUGCUCAUGCACGAGAUUCCGAACUUAUUCACGACGGACAUGAUUAUCCGGAUGAGCUCAGAAGAGCUGGAGGAACUGGCGGCCGAGUCGGAGGAUGUAGCUGCACGGAGGAAAGAUAUUACUGAUGAGCUUCAGACGCUUAAAGACGGACUGGCUCUGUGUGAUGACUGGGAUAAGCGAUCAAAAUGGGCAGCUCUUCUCAAGUGA